UUUUACUGAUUACAUACUAUCACAUACUAUAUUAUUUAAGCUCUGUCUAACCUCACCUGAGAACAGAUUUUGGGCUGCUGAUAUGAAACUCCUGUACUUUAUGCUUCUGCUGCAUUUUGGAUCCAGUGUUAACGGUCACUGUACAAAAUCAGAUUAUAUGAAUCAAAGCUUCGUUCUCUACAAUCACUCGGGACUGGAAAUUACAGAGGAUCAUAGUGCAUUAGGUUGCAUGUGGAAUGACAGCCAGUGCUAUGUAGAGUGCACCUUUUUCAAUCUCACCCAAAAUCUAACGGGUCUAUACUACAUGAGUCCGGUAGAAACCAUUUUAAUCACUAAUCAAAGCCAAAAGCUGAGCUUUGUAUUCAAUAUGAGCCAGCAAGAGGUAACAUGUAAUGUUACGAAGUGUUUAAAGGAUGCGAUCGAAGAUUUAAUAAAUUACUCAUCCAACUCGAAUGACCUGAAAGAUUUAAAAAGACCAACAGAAAUAAAAAAAGCAUGCUCUGAGUUGUUUAAUUCUGACAAGAGCAUUAAAAAAGUUUUUAUCAGGGCAGAGAAAAAAUACAUUGACAAUCUUAUCAACUUAACGUUCAAUGGAACAUCCAAAAACUAUGACCUAGAGGAAUUUAGCUUGCUUGCAGUUCAGAUGGAUUUGAUGACACCCAAAGAUCUCGGGCUUGUACAGAUCUCUGCUCCGAAGGUGCCUGGUGAUAAUCUGUAUUUGGAUGUAUUCCUCCCUCAUGAGCCUUUCGUGAACGUCUCAGUCGGCAUAGUGGUGUAUUCCUCCGCUCAAAUAUUUACAAGUGACGCAGCCACUGUAUUGAAGUCCAAUGUCAUUCGCAUUGAAACUGUUGGACAGGACAUCAAGCACUUGUCUGAACGGCUUGUUAUCAGUUUUUCAAUGAACAGCAUGAAAGUAAUACCUGUAAGUGAUUGCCUGUAUGCAUUUUCAGAUUUGUUUUGUCCAUGCAUAUGAAUUUAACAUGCGAAUAAUCAAGUGAUUCACAUAUGAAAUAGAC